CCCAAAGCAACAUCCUGAAGUUAACACUCAGUGGGAGAAGGAGCGCAGCAGCUCGGACGCAAACACAGCACAAAAUGGGCAAAAUCUACCAAGUCAUGGUUCAUGGCUUUAGAGGGGAGAAGAUGGUCGUCGACCUGUGCAACACAGAGGAGCAGAUGAAGAGCAUGACCGUGCUUCAGCUGAAGGAAAAGAUAGCGAAGAAGCUUCCCGAGGGCGCAGGAGUGGAGGUUAUCCGGCUCAUCUUCGUAGACAAGGAACUGGAUGAAGACACCAAGCUGCUGUCUGAGUAUGGAAUCCAGCACAUGUCCGUCAUCCACAUGGUGGUGAGGGUACCCGGAGGACUGAGUGCUGGACAGAGACCAUCUGCUGCCCCCUCUGCUGCUGCUGCUGCUGCUGCCGCCGCUUCACGGAGCUCAUGAAGACUCCUGACACUGUUUACAAAGCAAGGGCUUUUCUGUAUAGGCUGUUUUUAUUGCAGAAUGCGUUUAAUAUUUCCAUGUUCUGUUCAUGUACAAAAUAAAUAUAGAUUUUAUAAACUUUCA